AUGACUCUUCACCAGAUCUGGAACUUGGAGAUGGAGACUGGCAAAGCGCAAAAGAGAGUGAGCGAUGUUGCUGGGACUUACAACAACCUUGCACGCUCACUGGACCUUCCCCAAGAAUAUGAAAUCGACUUGAUUGAUCUUCGAGGCAGCAUCAGUUUCUGGAAGGUGGAUUUGUUGAACAUGCUGAGGGAAAAGAAGAAAGCAAUCCGGCAAGCAACUUAUGAGAUGGAGAACAGAGUCAUGAGCCAGGAUGAGGAGAACGUUAUGAAUGAAGAAAUUUUACAGGACAAAAAGAAUGAAUUAGCAAAACUCCAAAACAAGAUUCUGUUCAUAGACCAAGAUAUCAAAAUAACCAAAAAUGAUAUUGAGGUUGAGGUAAGUAAAUCUUUGAUUGACUGA